AUGUUGAUCAAGUCCGUUUCCUAUCGUUCGUUAAAAGUUCCAGCUUUGUGGCCGCGGUACACUCAUUCUACAGUCGUACAACGCUCCAGCGGUGAUCAAGGUGUUGGUCUCGGUAAAUUUGCCGAUCGUGAAAAGGCCGCCGAAGAUCAGUGGGCACGACAAGAUGAUGCUGAAAAAUUGAAAGCUUUCCGUCAUAAAAUCGAAGAAGAGCAUGUGAAGACAGAGAAGAUCAGAGAUAAAGUCGAAGAUUUAAAGAAGAAGCACAAGAAAUAG